AUGCAAAACGGCAGCCCAAAUGGCCCAUCACCCCACGAUGAACGCAUAACGCCUGAGCCUGAUACUACCCACCUCGAAGCUCCCGGUGUAGAUUAUUUAUCUGAUUCGACCCCCUGCGAAUCGAUCCCUACCUUACCGAAUGACGAAGCUAGCCAUCAGCUAGAGGAGCCACCAUCGAAGAAGCGUCGCCUGGCAGAUUCAACCCCGUCGCGUACCUCAACUCCCCGACCUCCCUCGCCGCCAUGGAAGAAGGUUGGUGUGGAGGGGCCGACAUCAUUCUUGGUGGAGGGUCGGCGCAGGUCAUCGCGGCAGAAUGUGCUUCCUAUUGAAGAGCAACCAGCCUCUGACAAGCGACACACGCGCGCGGCGCAGCAAAACUUCGUGACAAAAACAACCCGAAGUGGCGCAAAACCCGUCACAUCCUCUCCACUGGCUGUGACAUUGUCGCGUGCAAAUGGGAAGCCCGGUGGCAAGCCGAUUACAAAUAGCUCGUCCAGAACAGUGCUUACAAAGGGCGCAUCCGGAAAGCAGCAAUCUUCACAGUCUCCUGCAUCAAAGUCAUCUCAGUCGCGCACUCGGUCUCGAAGCUCCGCAACUAAUCAAGCACGCCCCGGCACAAACGGCGCCAGCCCUCGUGAAUCUCGCAACCGCACCUCUCUUUCAACCACAUCUCCUGCGCAAGAUCCUGCCUUCGGCGACACGAAUGAUCAUAAUGAGGAUCUAGAAUCAGGGUCUCAGAUCGUACCACGACUUCGAAUCAAAGUGAAUAAGCCAGUACUCCCGAUCCGCCAUCCCGGCCACGUGUCCGGUAAGAAAUACGAGUCUUUCAGGGAAUGGUUGAACAAUGAGGAUACCCCGAAUUUGCUAUCAUCGGAAGAAGCUCUCGAGGAGGCCCGAAGGCGGCAACAAGUGUUCAAUGCAGCGGAACCUGGUGGACUAUUGAGCUCAGGGGUCUGCUCUGCAUAUAUUACGGAACCACAGGAGGAACCACCAUUUCAAUAUUCCCACCAAGAUCAUCUAGUGGCGCAUGCUCUCUAUUUCCAGAAGCUCCUUGAAAAGGAACAUAAGCGUCAUCGGCAAACGGCCAAACUCUUUGCCCAAUGGUGUGCCGACGCGUAUAGAAAACGCCACAAGAACCCCGAGGAUGUCCUGCGGGAACAACAAGAAGAAAUGCGUGGGAAGCGCAAGCAACUGGCCAAGGACCUGCAGAAGAUGUUUGACUUGACCCGUGCCGACAUUGACCGGGUGCGCCUCGCACGCUGGGAGGAAGAGCGAAAGGUUCAGGAUCAGCAAGCCCUCGAUCGUGCUAUCAAAAAGUCAACCAUGCUGUUUGAGAAACGCCGGUCCGAAAUUCUUGGAGAGGUUCCCAGCGAUGCUCCUGCUUCAAGUGACGAGGACGGGGAGACCGAUUAUUCUUCCGACGCAUUAGAUAACGAUAGCAACAUGUCGACAUCUGAGUCAGAAUCUGAUGAUGAGGCAAAUGUGGACGAUGAUGCCAAAUUGACAGCCGAGGAACUUCGACUGAAGUACGCCGGUAUGCCGGACGAAGGCACACCCGCGGAAACACCCGACCAAAUGUCUGUGAUCUCUGCGUCUGUCAAUGAUAGCGAAGCGAUUCCUAACGAUACUGAUGCUGAUAUAAUCCCUGGCGACACUCAGCUGGAUGACGUGGAUUCAGUGUUGAUGGACGAUAGCGAUGAGUCAAUCGAUAUGAGCGACGAAAUGAGUGAUAGUGAUGAGAGCGGAUCUGAUAAUGAGUCUGGUGAGGAAUCCGAUGGCAGUGAUGCUGGUAGCGGUAUGCUCGGGUUCUUCUCACGCAAGCAGCUAGCCCGUGACGAGGAUUCCGUUGAAGCGGAUGUCGAAAGUGUUGAUGACGAUGAAUCUAAUGAUGGAGAGUACAAAUCUCCAGGAACAGAAGCCCUUGAUAACGAUAUGGAGGAUCCGGACGAGGUUUCCCUAGUUCCGAACGGGUUACACAUGAACGAAAACGAAGAGAUGCUAGAUGAAUCGACCCCUUCAGAAUUCGUCGAAGCCUCCAUAGUCACUCCUGCAGAUGUCGAAGACACUUCUAUGAUUGAUACCUCUACGGUCAAUACUCCCACGGUGGACAUAAAUGUGGAGGAUGAACUCUCCGAAGCAGUGCCUGACUCCAGCGCUCUUGAAGUAGCAGGCAAACAAGACCAAGAGCUCGACACGGAACCGCAGGAGAACCGUCCCAGUGGUGAGAUGUCCAGUGAAGUAUCUCCAGGGACCUUCGACACCAAGCCCUCUGACCCCGAGUCCGUCUCUUCAUACGAACCUGCAAUUGAGAAAGCAUUGCAGCAGAGUCAUUCACCUGCACCCGGCUUGCAAACACCAAUCCCUCAUCUACUGCGCGGCACUCUGCGUGAGUACCAGCACUACGGCCUGGAUUGGCUCGCUGGCCUCUACAAGAACCGCAUCAACGGUAUUCUGGCCGACGAGAUGGGUCUCGGCAAGACAAUUCAAACCAUUGCAUUACUUGCUCACCUUGCUGUGGACCAUGGCGUCUGGGGGCCGCAUCUUGUUGUUGUUCCUACCAGUGUCAUGCUGAAUUGGGAAAUGGAAUUCAAAAAGUGGUGCCCGGGAUUUAAAAUCAUGACCUACUACGGAAACCAAGAAGAGCGGAAACAGAAACGCAAAGGUUGGACUGACGACAAUUCUUGGAAUGUCUUGAUUACAUCUUAUCAACUUAUCUUGCAAGAUCAAGUUUCUCUGAAGCGAAGGGCGUGGCAUUACAUGAUUCUUGAUGAAGCGCACAACAUCAAGAAUUUCCGUUCUCAAAGAUGGCAAGCUCUUCUCACUUUCAGGACACGCGCCCGGUUGCUCCUGACUGGUACACCACUUCAGAACAAUUUGACCGAGCUCUGGUCUCUUUUGUUCUUCUUGAUGCCUUCCGACGGCGAUGGUGUUGGUGGUGUUGAAGGUUUCGCCGACUUGAAGGACUUCUCCGAGUGGUUCCGACGACCAGUGGAACAGAUCUUGGAGCACGGAAGAGAAACUAUGGAUGACGAGGCCAAGCAGGUAGUCACCAAGCUCCACACAGUCCUUCGUCCUUACAUUUUACGUCGCAUGAAGGCAGACGUUGAGAAGCAGAUGCCUGGAAAAUACGAGCAUGUCAUGUAUUGCCGGCUGUCAAAACGCCAGCGAUUCCUGUACGACGGUUUCAUGUCGAUGGCCCAAACGAAAGAAACACUUGCGUCGGGCAACUUCCUUUCCAUCAUCCAUUGUCUUAUGCAGCUGCGCAAGGUCUGUAACCACCCCGAUUUGUUUGAGACAAGACCCAUCUCCACCUCCUUCGCCAUGCCACGUUCUGUCGCCACCGACUACCAAAUGAAGGAGGGCCUGGUCCGGCGACGACUGCUCUUUGAUCACCCUCUCACCAAGGUCGAUUUGGACUUCCUCAACCUGGCGCCUGUGUUUCGAGAGGAUAUCUCUAGGCGACUAGCUGAUGACAGUAUCCGACUCAUGGCGUUUGGGCCGUUCAAGACGCUUCGUGAGCGACAAUACAAUCGCACAAACUGGCAGAUGGAGUUUGACGGGUCUAGCAUGGAAACGAUCCUAGAGUCGUUAGAGAAUGCCAGCCGGAAGAGACGAAUGGCCGAAUUGGAACGAUGCUUGUACUUUGAGUCUAAGCGUCACGGUCGCCGACCUGUGUACGGUAGCAGCUUGAUUGAGUUCAUCAGAGCUGGGACCAAGGAGCAUGCACUUUCCAACGCGCCCUUGCGAAAGAGCAAUAUGGCGGAGUGGCUUUCGAGUCGGUCAUCCGUCCUUGCUUCCAUGAUUCUGACGCUGGAGGAGCGCUCUCUCGACAUGGACGGGUACGUUCAGCGAUUCGCUUGCGUGACACCGGCUGCUGUUGCGUCGGGCAUGACAGAGGCCGCCUUGACCCCUGUCGAGACGCGACUUCUGACCAACACUGCCAAAGAUCAGCCCUAUGAUCCCUUCCACGAAGCUCGCAUGCGUCUAUCCAUUGCUUUCCCAGACAAGCGGUUGCUACAAUACGACUGUGGUAAGCUACAGCGGUUGGAUAAGUUGCUACGUGACCUGAAGGCCGGCGGCCAUCGCGCAUUGAUCUUCACGCAGAUGACCAAGAUGCUGGACAUUCUAGAGCAGUUCCUCAACAUCCACGGGCAUCGCUACCUACGCCUGGACGGUACAACCAAGGUUGAAGCGCGACAAAUGUUGACCGAGCGGUUCAACAGUGACCCUCGCAUCCUGGCCUUUAUCCUCUCCAGUCGAUCCGGUGGUCUCGGUAUCAACCUAACGGGUGCCGACACAGUCAUCUUCUAUGACCUGGACUGGAACCCGGCCAUGGACAAGCAGUGUCAAGAUCGUUGCCAUCGUAUUGGCCAGACCCGCGAUGUCCACAUCUACCGCUUCGUAUCCGAGUAUACCAUCGAGUCCAACAUCCUUCGCAAAGCCAACCAGAAACGAAUGCUCGACGAUGUCAUUAUCCAAGAGGGCGAGUUUACAACGGACUACUUUACCAAACUCCAAAAUGUGCAAGUGGAAGAAGUCGAUGAGCGUGACGGCCAGGACGAAGCAAGUGCAGCCAUGGACCGUGUCCUCGGCAACCGCGUUGCGACUGGAAACCGCGCCUUCGAGCAAGCUGAAGACAAGGAGGACAUCGACGCAGCCAAGAAUGCCCAGAAAGAACUGGAGCAUGCCGACGAUGGCGACUUCGAAGAGCGCAGCCCUUCACAUGGAACCCCCGCUCAACCUGGUACCCCAUUACCCGGCUCUGGUGACGGACAAGGUUCAGUUGCGCCCGAGGAUGCAGGGGCUCCGGAACCUGGCCACAUCGACGACUACCUGCUUCGUUUCAUGGAAUGGAACAUGCGUGACGAACCCCUAGUUCUCCCGGUGGAUAAGAGCAAGAAAAAGUCUAAGAAGGGCAAGGAGCACCACCUCAAACGACGCCGCUGA